AUGGAAGAAAGCAGCUUCCAGUCAGGAUGGGGGUCCAGCCUUCUUCGAGGCUACUCGAGGCACCCCGCCAACUUCAGUCCCUGCCUGUACGACACAUUGCCAGGCGUGUCCCAGCUGCGCACCCCGCCAGGGCGACCAGGUGGGUCACUUGCCUCGCCCGAGCGUUGGCUGUUGAUGCCAGAGUGCGCAUUGGUUAGUGAUCGGAGGUUGCCGGCGGGCGGCGGCGGCGGCGGCGACGACGACGAUGACGACGACGACGAUGACGGCGGCGACGGCGACGGCGACAGCGACUGGGACGGGGACGGGGACGGUGACGGGAGCCACUGGGACCCACUGGCCCCUGUCAUGGGGUGUUCUGGAGGCCAUCUGGGCCUCCCUGGGAAGGCUUGGGCCAACUUGGGCCAAGGCCACCUCUGGCAACGCUUGAAGUGUGGGGCCAAGCUCCGCCCCCCCCCUGGAGGGGAGAAGCCGACCCCUGGCCCCUGGCGAUGGCGAAGCCGACCAGACGAAACCGAUUGGGCGAAACCGACCAGGCGAAGACGACCGUGGAGAGUGUCAUCGGGUGGAGACGGCCGCGGCGAAGCCGACCAAAGAUGA